CUAGUUCAUCAUUCAGUUCGAAACUUGCUCACACACAAGCAACACACACCCACACGUUGCCUUGUUCGAAAGGUUCUCUCUUACAUUACACUAAAAAAAAUAUAAAAAAGCAAACAUAAAUACCUUUAACACAAAGCAUGUCGAUCAGUGGCGAUGCGGUCAAGGGCAUCCUCAAGGGGGCAGGAGGCUACAACAAUGGCUAUACGAUGUCCCUGAAGACCGCCAAGUUCGACGAGGUCAACAUCCUGAACACGUUCCAUCCGGUGGGCAAGGACUACGGGCACAUGAUCAUCGACGAGCCCAAAACUCCGUACGUCUUCGAGGACGAUCUGCCCAAGGAACUGGACACGAGUGCGCUGAUCGAGAAGCUCCGCUUGACUUCGAAAACGGAGAUGCCGGCUUUCGGCAUAGAGGGCGAGUCGGACGAUUCUUCGGCGGACGAGGAUUACCCAGAAUCCCUGGAGGAGAAGGUGCGGCGUACGGAUUUUGAAAGGCGUCGGAAGCUCCACUAUAAAGAGUUCUUCUCCGUACCUCUCGCCCGGCGGCUCAUAUCGGAGGAGUUUUCCGAGUGGACCUCCGAGUCCAGCUCGCACAUCGAAAAAAGAGAGGGAUCGCUGCCCUGCUCGGAAGUUUGUCCCGAGAGCGAGCUCGAUUUCGUCUACGACAGUGACGAUAAAACGGAAUCGUCUUUCCGAAUCGAUACGCCCCUGGGGCGGGAAGAUGCGGCACCGCACGAUGUGGAGCCCGGCUUCGAUCCGACGCAUCCGUGCUACCAGAAGCUGGUGGCCGAGAUCAACCUGGGCAGCCCGACGGCCUCGAUGAGCCAUCUGCACACCAUACCCUCGGGUUCCAGCCACAACAUACUGCCCGUGCCCCAUACCACAGCCCGGCACACCGUCAUAUCGGAGAGGAAGUCGCUGACCCCCGUCAGUGGUGAGGCGAAGCCGCGCGCCUGUCACGCCAACUUCCCGGAUAUGCCCAACAUCAGAGUCGGCCCAGCCUAAGUCGCCCAGGCGACUGUUUUCAUAACUUUGGUCUUGUUUUAAUAAAAAAAUUCGGCAAGUUGA